AUGCGUGGGAACGGGCUAUCAUGCGCAGGAUGUGGUGGUCCAAUUAUUGGACGUAUCGUCAGUGCGAUGGGACAGCGCUGGCACCCAGGGUGUUUCCGUUGCUCCGCGUGCAAUGAGCUCCUUGAGCAUGUCUCGAGCUUCGAACACGAGGGAAAACCGUAUUGUCAUCUUGAUUACCACGAGAACUUUGCACCUCGUUGCUAUCAUUGCAAAACGGCGAUUAUUGAUGAGCGAUUCAUCACGCUUGACGACGAGGCACUGGGAAAGCGGACUUAUCACGAGCAGCACUUUUUUUGUGCAGAAUGUGGCGACCCGUUCCUCCCGCCGUCUUCUGGGAGUGGCGGGUUGACGGUCACGGGUGAUGGCGAGUUCGAUCUUGACGAUGAUGUUGGCUUCACGGUGUACAAGGGUCACCCAUACUGCGAGGCGUGUCAUGUUCGUCUGCGAAUGCCCAAAUGCAAGCAUUGUAAGAAGUCAAUUAGGGACGGAAUGCGCGCUGUCGAGGCUUUGGGAGGCAAAUGGUGUUGGGAGUGUUUUGUGUGCGAGGGCUGCAAACAACCGUUUGACGAUCCGGCGUUCUUUUUGCGCGAUAAUAAGCCGUUUUGCGAGCCGUGCUUUAGUUUGAUAUUACGAAAUGAGGUGUGA